AUGGGGAAACGCAACUGCAAGUCGAAGUUCCGUCGUUCUUCACCGGAUCUUCCGGAUUCUCAAUCUCCGAUGACUCGCGACAUGCCUUCUGGCUCUCGUCAACCUCGCGAUAUUAUCGAAUCUCCCGAUCGUGCUGAUCUCGUUCGCUCUCCUCUCAUUUCACCUGUGGCUCGCUUUGAGGUAUCCGAUUCACCUGAUAACAUACAUUCUCCAUAUCAUCUUCUCAAUUCCGAUCAUCCUGGACUAGUUCUAGCUGCGGAUCCUUUAGAUGGUAGUAACUAUGGUGUUUGGAUCAUCGCGAUGACUACUAGUCUUGAGGCUAAGAACAAAUUAGGCUUCGUUGAUGGAUCUAUAAUCAAGCCUUCUGAGUCUGAUCCUUAUUUCCGAAUCUGGUGUCGAUGCAAUAGUAUGAUCAAAUCUUGGUUGUUGAAUAGCGUGACUAAACAAAUCUACACAAGUAUACUGUAUUUCAAGAAGGCUUCAGAUAUUUGGGCGGAUCUUCACACACGUUAUCACAAGUCUAACCUACCAAGAUUGUACAAGCUUCGUCAUCAACUUCAUUCGUUCAAACAAGGCAGUAUGGAUCUCUCCUCAUAUCACACAAAGACGCAGUCAUUGUGGGAGGAACUCUCGAGUCUUCAAAGUGCUAAUCACACAAUUGAAGAUCUUCUGGCAGAACGUGAAACCAAUCGUAUCAUUGACUUCCUUAUGGGGCUCAAUGAUAACUAUGAAAACAUUCGAAGUAGAAUUCUCAUGAAGAAGGCUCUUCCAAGUUUCUCGGAGGUGUUCAAUCUUUUGGAUCAAGAGGACAGUCAUCGGGCUGCUCAUACUCAGACAUCUUCACUUUUGGAAACUCCUACUGUUUUUCAAGUUUCUCAGUCUUUUAAUCAGAACUCUGCUAGGUCUUCUUCGGGUGGUUAUCAGAGAAAGGAUAGGCCUUUUUGCACCUUCUGUCACCGUCCUGGUCAUGUUAUCGAUCGAUGCUACAAGAAGCACGGGUAUCCUAAUAGCAUGAAACCAAACCCGAAGAGUGACACGCUGGUUUCUCCUUUAACGGAAUUACAAUUGGCUGAUCCAUUUACAAAGCCAAUGUACCCUGCACCGUUUAAGAGAUUGUUGGGCAAGAUGGGUCUUCUAAACAUUUUCGUCCCAUCUUGA